AUGGAAGUCGAUAAAAACCAUUUAACAUCAGAUUAUAGUUUGACAAAUAUUUCAAAUAAUCACAUUGAUCAGAUCCGACAAGUUCAGAAGGAAUGUUUCUCGAAGGAACUUACGGGUAUGAAGACAGAUCUUGUGAGAGCUCUUGACGUGUACAAAGACGAGGACGGUAUACUCAGAUGUCGUGGGAGACUACAGAAUACAGAUUGGUCGCAUAGCCAGAAACACCCGAUAUUAUUACCUAAAGAUCACGCUUUCACAUCAAAGAUAAUCGAGGAUGCACACCGGAGAAAUUAUCACGUAGGAGUGUCUCAUACUCUUGCUAUUAUUAGAAAACAGUACUGGAUACCCAGAGGUAGAAUGCAAGUACAAAAACUUCUCAGACAGUGUCCAGCAUGUAAGAAAUACUCAGGAGGUCCUUAUAGAUUGCCACCCAUGGCCCCAUUACCACCCGAAAGAGUCACUUAUAGUGAACCAUUCUCUUACGUAGGUCUUGAUUAUUUUGGGCCCGUGUUGGUGGAUACGAAUGGUUGUUUGGAGAAACGUUGGAUUUCCUUAUACACCUGUUUAGCUGUGAGAGCUAUACAUAUGGAGCUCGUAAAAGAUUUGACUGCAGAGGAGUGUUUGUUAGGAUUAAGGAGGUUUGUUUCUAGAGGCGUCCCCAAAUUAAUCAUCUCAGAUAACGCUCUGCAAUUCAAACUUGCAGCCGAUGUCCUCACUGGGGAUUACUGUGUAACGAAUCGAAUAAAGUGGAGAUUUAUUCCUGAACUCGCGCCCUGGUUCGGCGGAUUUUACGAAAGAUUGAUCGGUAUUGUCAAGAACUGCUUAAAGAAAACAGUUGACAAACAUAUGUUAAAUCGUUCUCAGUUAGGUACGAUUAUUAAGGAAAUUGAGGCGGUCGUAAAUUCACGGCCACUUACUGUAGUCGGUGAAGAAUUAGAGCACGUUUUAACACCUGCAGAUUUCCUACGAACAGGUGGUCCUUCUAUACUUGUAACUUCAGAUAAGGAGUUCUUAGAAUCAGCUACGAUCACAAAAUCCAAUUUGGUCGAGGGCUGGAAAAGAGGUCAACAUAUUUUGAGGGAAUAUAUUGACAUGUUCUCCAAUCAGUACCUGGCUAGUCUAAGAGAUCGCAGAUCUGUGCAUCGUCAACCUCGUAUAACGGUAGAUUCUACCCCAAAUAUAGGAGAUUUAGUACAGAUAAAAGGCGAUGCUAACAGAGCGCUAUGGAAAGUCGGCAGAGUAUCAGGCAUAGUAAAGAGCGCCGAUGGGAAGGUCCGUGUAGCCAAAGUCACUACCUCCCCACAUGAGACCCUGACCAGGUCGAUAGGUCAUCUCUAUCCAUUAGAAAUUGAGUCAGAAAUAUCAACAGAAAGCAACUCUCAAAUGCCUCCAACUAAAGCUUCCGAGGAAUUAGCAACACCCCAUGCCACUGGCUCUCCAAAAGACAGGACACAGGCUACUAAGAACAAUGGCACUUCAGCACCAUCUCAGUCCCUAACGGAAGAGACUCACCUUAGACCGAAGAGACUCUCAUCUCAAAGGGCAGCGGAAAGAAUCAAGGCAUGGACGGCUCAGCUUCUCAGUGUUUUGCAAUUGAUUGAUUGA